AUGCGGACACUGGAAGCGAUGAAACGCUUCCCUCCAUGUCGCUGCUUGUUGCUGAUCCUCAUGGCGGGAAGGACGCACAGCGAUGAAUUCAUGUCCCCAACUCACUCGCCAUGCAUUCAAAUCUUACGUCCCAUCAAACACUCCACCGUCUCCCUGGGAGAGGGCCCCAUCAACAUCCGUUACGCCUCACCACGAGUUUCGCUGGUCAACGUAUACAUGGACGGGACGUUGAUGCAGACGCUCACAAAUCUCACGGGCGUUGAGCUCGGAGGGAUCACAACUGGAGCUCACACGCUGCGUGUUGAGCUUCUGAACGCGAGCUCGGUACCUGUCCUCACCAUCCCACAUCCUUGGUUGACAUCCCAGUCAACAGGAGGUCGCGGCCGUUCUCUCAUGGGACGAAGCAAGGUUCACGGCUUGCGAUUGUGGACGAGAGGUCGAUGGGUCGGGAGAUGGGAGGAGGGCUACCUUCUCGACUGGCUGGGGGUCAGGACGCGAACAGCAUGGGACUGCAUACCAGGAGGAGGGUACUACAUGUUUGUUCCGUCCAGGAGGAUGGAGUGCGAGUACCAUGAGGGAAUGAAGCCCGAUGCUAACGAGCAGGCCAAGCUUGUGUACCCAGGUUUUCUUCCUCCUGUGGACGACGAAUACCCGGAGUACGUCGAUAUGUUGAAGAGCGUCUACCGUAGCAAGGGGCAGCACUAUGUCGUCGUUGAGCUGGGCUCGAGCUACGGCACUUGGGCUGUGCGAGCAUGCGCAGCAGCGAGGAGGCUGUACCCCGAGGGGUCGCAGCAGAUGAUUGCGGUUGAGUCCUCCCUCCAUCGCUUCCGACAGCUCGAGCAGCACGUGCAAGCCAACAACGUGUGGAACUACACCCUCCUACACGCUUACGUGACAUCGACAGACAGAGCAGGGGAAGGAAAAGUUUCAGACUCGCAAUACUCCUCAGGCGACCCUGAGAUGAAAUCGCUCGUCGCCAUCCUCGACCUCGUCGAUCAUGUCGACUACCUCGACUUCGACAUUCAGUGCCGUUGCAGCCUCGACAUUCACGAGAAUGUCAAGGCCAUCAUGAUAGAAGAGGGCUGGACGCUCGAGCUUGACCUGCCCUAUCAUCCAAGAAUCGUUGAAUGCGACAAGAGCGUUCGGGAGGAGGAGUCGGACGCCAAGGGAUCGUACGGGUGGCUGCAACGCGAUCAGAGCUGCUUCACCUACACUGAUCAAGUCCUCCCCCUGCUCCUCGUCCUCGUCCUCGUCCUCGUCCUCGUCCUCGUCCUCGUCCUCGUCCUCGUCCUCGUCCUCGUCCUCGUCCUCGUCCUCGUCCUCGGCUUCCUUCACUUGCUGCUUUCCUUCCCUCUCAUGUAUCUCCGAUCGAUGCAACCUCGUGAAGGAUGCGUUUGA